AUGCGUAAGGGAGAGAUCGGCAACAUUCGGUCUCAGAAGUCUUUCCUCCAGCCGAUGAACGCACCCUCUUUCAAGGGAGGGAAAUCGACGAGUCCGAUUUCCGAGAUUUCAAGCAGGCACAAUGGAUUCCGAUCUCCAAGGAACGGGCACUCGGAGAUUGAAUAUGACAAGAGCGGUGAGGAAGACUAUCAACGUCCCAAUUACGAAGUAGGAAAACCGAGAAAAUUAGCUGUGGAAGACGACGAAGACUACAUCAAAACCAGGGCCCCUACACGAACCGGUUUUUACCCAGAAACGCGACGAAAUUCCUCAGCCGGAAUUGGGAACCGAAGGGGGAAGAUUUCCAAGGGGGAUCAAAAUCUUUUCAGGUCCUCCAGCUACGACCCUAUCAAACUCAGACGCUCGCAAAAUCCAAGGAAAGUGAAGGUCGUCACGUUCUACAAGAACGGGGACUCGAACUUCAUGGGCUUCCAGUUCUGGCUCCGGCCGGGCCGAGACGCGAGGAACCUGGAUGUUCUGUGCAGGCAGCUGUCGGCGCGGAUCCCAGGCCUCCCAUUGGGAGUGAGGUACAUUUUCACCAUGGACGGGGAUAUUAUUCGAAGACUAGAAGAAAUCCAAGAUGGGGGAACCUACGUCUGCUCGUCGGAUGGAAAUUUCAAGGAGCAGGUAUACGGAAUGAAACUGCUGUCCUCCUGGCGGAAGGUGGCCAAGUCACGGCCCAAAACGGUCAAACGCUAUCAGGCAUUCACUCCCGCUGUCCUUACACCCAUCCACCCUGAUGGCCAUACAUCCAUCCACUCCGAUGGCCAUUCCCCCUUCCAACCCGAUGACCAUUCCCCCUUCCCCGCCUUCAACCCCAACAGAAAGAAACGGGACUCCCGAGGUGGCAAGCGGAUUUGGGUCGUCAACAUCGACGACCACGACUCCAAGGGCGAUUGCCUGUUGAGCAAGAAGAUGGAGAGCUUCGAAGAUGUCUUGAAAAUUCUCGGUCACGUACUCAAGAUGCGCAAGGUCAAGGCCAUGUACACCCUCAACGGCGAAGAGGUGAGGAGCCUCUCUCAACUGAGCCAUUACUAUGACAACACCGAGCAAGACACCUUCUUCCUGGAAGAAGUGAAAGAUUCCUCUCUUGGGUCAAUGAAGCAGAGAAAUCGCAGUUUCGACAGAGGGUCAGAGAUCAACAACAGAGAUCUUUCCCCCUCCCUCCCUUCAAGCAAGGGAACCACAGGCGUCCAAGCUUGGAGGAAAGACGCAGUGACGGUGACGAUUCGAGGCCAGGACCAUGUCAUCGCGAAGCCCUCGCAUGUCCCGCCCUCUAAUGCAUCGGCCCCCGAAAAGCAACUUCGUCUCGACUGGGUAUAUGGAUUCCAAGGCGCCGACACUAAGCGGAAUCUGUGGGUCCUGCCGACGGGGGAACUCCUUUACUUUGUGGCGACGGUGGUGGUCAUGUACGACGUGCAACGACGCGACAGGCACGACGACAAGCAGCGCCACUACACGGAGCACACCGAAGACGUCACCUGCCUGGCGGUGCAUCCGGGGAACGAGCUGGUCGCAUCCGGGCAGAAGGAGGGGUGGACGCAGGACGGGAAGGACCCCGGCCCCCACAUCCGGAUCUGGUCCCUGGCCACGCUGACCACCCUGCGGACGCUGACCGCCCGGAAAGCCUUCAGCGACUCGGUCUGGAUCGGCGUGGGCGCCCUCGCCUUCUCCGCUCAGGUCCGAUUCCGGCGUCUCAGGCGGCGAACGCCACAUUUGCCCGCGACCGACCUUUCUUGUGCAAUUCAGGACGGAGGGAAGCACUUGGCGGCUGUGAUGGCGGGGGAAGUGCAGGAACUUCUCGUCUGGGACUGGAACGUGAAACCGAAGGAAACAGUCGCCAGGGCACAGGCGGACCAGGGCGACAUCCUCGGAGUGGCCUUCCACCCGGCGGAGGACCUGCUCAUCUCGCACGGAAACGCCUUGUCAGCGUGGAAGGAGCGCGGAUCCGCCAUGCUCGAAAGGGACGAUCUCGUGGAAGAGGCUCACGAAGGUCCUGUGAGUACACUUCUGUUUUCACCCAUUGGCUCACUUUAUUCUGGAGGGGAAGAAGACCGAAGAGUUGUUUCAUGGGACAGCGAUACAUUCCAACAACUCGAAGCCGUCAAGUUGCCGGAGAUAGUCGGAGGGGUGCGAGCGAUCCAGGCGGGUAGAAGCAGAGUGGGGUCGCACGAGGAGCUGUUCGUGGGAACGACCAAGAACCUGGUUCUCCAAGGAACGCUCGAGACCACAUUCCAGCCGGUUGUGUUCGGCCAUGCGAGCCAACUGUGGGCCCUGGCCGUGCAUCCCAGCCAGCCUGUUUUCGCCACCGCUGGCUACGACCGCAACAUCGUCAAGUGGAGGGCGCACGAGCCCGAGUGGAGGGUUCAUUCUGAGUGUUCGUGCGCGGCGUGGAACGAGGACGGGAGCCUCUUGGCUGUGGGUUCCAUCACGGGCCACGUCACUGUCCUACGAGGAGAGGACGGGAGACUUGUCGUUACGUUCAUUGUCGGAGGUUCUCAUGUCACUUGUGCCAGCUUUUCCCCCGAUGGAAGUCAGCUGAGCCUGGGCGUCGGGACGGGGAACGUGUACAUUUACAGAGUGGACAGGGCUGGAAAUGCCUUUCGGCGAGGGACCGUCCUCAAUGUGUCUCUGAACCCUGAACGCUUGGAUUGGUCGACUGAUUCUCGGUACAUCAGGACUCAGUCCCAAGAUGAUGUCGUGAUUGUUUGGGAAGUUAAGGGUGAAUCGAGCGAGACGGAUCAGAGCAAGACCCGGGACAUCUCAUGGGCCACACACAACUGCACCCUCUCAUAUUUCACGUCUGGUGAGUCGAGGAGGUUCAUCCAAGCAUUGGGUUGGCAUUCCGCCGGUGAAAGGAGGUAUUUCAAUGCAAUAGGGAUGUGGAGGAGCAUAAGUUCCACCGGUGAAGUGAUCAUUUCCACUUGCGACUUAUCCGCCUCAAAGAAGCUGCUGCUGGCCGGAGGCGGAGACGGCAGACUCUUCCUCUUCAGGUACCCAAGUAUAGAUCCCAAAGCGAAGUAUCACAUGCAAAGGGCCAUCAGCGCAUACAUCUCUUGUGCUCGUUUCCUGCAAGACAGCCUCAUCAUUGCAGCCGGAGGAACCGAUGCUACUCUUAUGCAGUGGAGGCUGGUGUGA